AAAAAUCCAUACCGAUCUAGAUGGACAGGGGUAGGUGCCUUAAUUUCCUUGCAGGUCAGCGGCCACGCAGUAUCUUUUAUGGGGCACGCAUUAACAGCCACGUUGAUGGCCGCAGGCCCACACACUUCACCAACCCUCCCCUUCCCUUGCACACCUUAUCUUCAACCUUCUGCAACCACACAGAGAGACACAGAGAGAGGUGAGAGAUGAAGAUGGAGAGAUGGGAGAAAGUAAGCGGCCGAAGGCUGGCGAUCAUCUGCUUCUACCUGUUGGUUUCCACAGCGACGUCGUCGGAUGGGCGGGAGUGGGAUAUCGCCGGAGAAGGAGGUGGCGCCGGCGGCCAUGAGAGGGCGGCGCCGUUCCUUCUUAAGGAAACAAGAGUGGUGUCAAAGUCGGAGGGCGGCGAGAUCAGGGUGUUCAAAAGUCCCUCAUGGAACGGCCGCCCGCCCCGCAUACUCGUUAGCUUUGUAACCAUGGAAGCAAACACACUGCUCAUUCCCCAUUACAUGGAUGCCGACCUCAUCCUGUUCCUCCUAAAAGGGGAAGCCAAAGCGGGCUGGAUUCACGAAGACGAUUUGGUCGAGCGGCAGUUGAAACCUGGAGAUGUUCUCCACGUCCCGGCGGGGUCGGCCUUCUAUUUCGUCAACACCCGCAAGGAUCAGAAACUCCAAUUCAUCGGCGCCCUCGAAUCGCUUGAGUCAGACCUCAUCGGCGGCUCCGCUUUCUUCAUUGACGGCGGGAAGUUCCCUACCUCCGUUUUUGCUGGUUUUGAUAUCAGCACCUUGACCUCUGCCUUCAAUGCGACGCCGGAGGAGGUAGGGGUGCUUAAAUCGGCCAGCUUCGCCGGGUCGAUCAUAUUCAACACCGACAAUGAAGCCAAUCACCUCCAUGAGGUCAUCAGCGACAUGAAGUCUGAGAUGAAAAGGUUGAAGCAGAGUAGACCAUUAAAACAGAAUAGCGGCAAAAAAACAGUAUCAUGGACAACAAUCUUGGGCUCGAUCUUCUUUGGAGAAACAGCGAAGGAGAAGAACAAGGCCAAGCGCCGAGCAAGCGAUCCAGUGGAAGCACCGGAUGCAUACAAUGUCUACGAUCGUGAGCCCGAUUUCAAAAACGAUUAUGGAUGGAGCGUCGAGAUCAACGGGGACGACUACUUACCGCUCAAGCAGUCGGACAUCAGCAUCACUCUCCUCAGUCUCAGCACGGGAUCAAUGAUGGCGCCGCACAUGAAUUCCCGGGCGACGGAGUACGGGGUGGUGAUUGCUGGGGCGGGAACGGUGGAAGUUGUCUACCCUAACGGGACGCAGGCUAUGAAGGCAGAAGUGAGAGAAGGGGAUGUGUUCUGGGUGCCGACGUUUUACCCGUUCUGUCAGGUGGCUUCGAGAGAGAAUCCGAUGGAGAUUUUAGGGUUUACGACGUCGUGGAGGAGGAGUAGGCCGCAGUUUCUGGUGGGAAAGAGCUCGAUACUAAGGAAGAUGAUCGGGAGCGAGCUAGCAGCGGGAUUUGGGAUAACGGAGGAAGAGUUGAGGAAGUUGGUGACGAAGCAGAAUGAGUCGAUGAUUUUGCCGAGCUUGAAGGAGGCGGGAGGAAGGGGAUGAUGGGAAGCGAUGGCGGGAAAAGGGUGAAUCCUUGCUUUAUGUAGGGUUUAGGGUUUUUUUUUUUCUUUUUAAUUAGGAUUUUUUACACAUAUAGAAGGUAUAAUCUCGUAAUUUACACAUAACACCCUCGAAAGUUUAAUAUUACGGAUUCUAAACUCAUGUUAACACCUCUUGCCAUAUUUGGCACUGAGGUCAGACUGCCAGAAAUGCGCACACUGUCCGAUCUCCACCAUUCAUGAGGGCAAACAUGUAUUUCAGUGGCCAUUAUUUUUAUUUUUUAUUUUUAAAUAAUGAUGGACGGUGGAGAUCAGACAGCGGAUGCAUGUAUGGAAUAAUUUUUCGUUAACGAGAGUAUAUAAUUCGUAAUGUCAAACUUUUGUGGGUGAGAAAUGUAAAUAAGGAGGUUUUAUGUGCUAUUUAUGUAAAAAUCCCUUUUGUUUUAUCGUUUUGGCCGUGUAGGCGAAUAAAAUUAUUCUAUGAAUUUGAGAGCAA